AUGAGUCGGCGCGCAGCCAAACCAGUCAAAGACCGUCUGGCUGACUUGCGAGCAGCACGAGAAGCCGGAGGAAGAUCAAAGCAAUGGAAGUCUACCGAAGACGAGGAGCUAUAUGACGAAGUCUCCGAGGACGAUUACAAAAAGAUAGUCAAAAAUCGGCUGGACAGGGAUGACUUUAUUGUGGAUGACGACGGAGGCGGAUAUGUCGACAAUGGCAUGGACGCGUUCGAGGCGGAGAAGGAUUACGAGAGUGACGAUAACGAAGAGGACGAGGAGGAAAGAGAAAGCGCAAAGCACCAAUCCACAGCUGAACGAAAGAAGACGAAAGCAGCCCUAGCAGCCCAGCGAGCCAAAGAUGAAGCUUAUGCCGAGAAAAACUCGAUUACAGACUAUCGGCCCGUUGUUUCGACUGAAAAGGAACAAGACUUUAUGAGUUCUCUACUUGGAAAUUUGGAUUCAUUGCCAUCCAAGUCGGCUGCCCCAUCCAAACGAAGCUCGCCCCGCGUUUGGAGGACCCCCACGGCCGUUCAAACCUCCCGGAACUCUAAAGCGUCCGAAGCGCCAUCCUCAGAUCUUCCGAGCGACGCCGGAUACGGUCAAUUCUCGGAUGCGAACGACGCCUCGGAAAACGAGUGGUCCACCGCGAGCCCCACUAAGAAGCCCAAACGUGAGCCCUCGAGUUCGCCCACCCAUCGUCUCAGCAGUUUAGCUGUUGAUGAUGGGGACGAAUACGAUGACGGAGAUGCUGGAUUUUGGGAAGAGGCAGCCGAGAUGGAUUUGGACGAGCCAGAGGUAGGAAAAGGCAAGGCGAAAGUCGUCAAGCCUCAAAAUGUCCUUCCGAACGGACGCGCCGUCAAAGUGGAACCCAAGGUUGAACCUGUUGAUACGAAGCCGCCUGCUUGGCUUGAGCUCCACGCAUCCCUUAAUGCAUCUGCCGUGACUGAACCCGAGACUCUCGGGUCUGACAAACCCGGGACCAUUUCCCAUGAUGUCAAGGCACUUGAAGAGGACGGAUCGCUAAGAAUGUUCUGGCUGGAUUAUCUGGAGUUGGACUCGAGGCUUUACCUAGUAGGCAAAGUAAUCGAUAAAGCCCAGAGCACGGAAAAAGUCACCAAAUGGGCAAGCUGUUGUGUGGCGAUCGAAGGCAUUGAACGGAACCUGUUCGUGUUGCCAAGAAAGUACCGAAUGGAGUUCGGACAUGAAACGGAUACUGCACCUACAGAAGACGAAGUCUAUGACGAGUUCGACCGAGUCAGGCAAAAAAAUGGAAUCAAGAAAUGGGCUGCCAAAUUUGUUACUCGUAGUUAUGCGUUUGGCGAACCCGUAUCCCAGAGGGCGAAUCUCAAUGGAUGA